AUGACUUCCAAACCCCAGCUUCGCAUUAGCGUUCUAGACUUAUCAAAAAACCCGGCGAAACCGGCUAGCCGUCGAUGGCUUUCGUUGCUCCUCGUGUUUGGAGCUCCGAUCAUUUUGCUGCUUGCUUCUCUCAACCUUUAUCAACAUACGCUUUUAGGCCCGCAUGUUUCCGAGCACAGGACUGCAAGGAUUUUCCAGAGCCGCGCUCAGCCCCUUUUCAAUGAUGGCUCAAAGUUCCUUCCCAAGGAUUGGAAAGCCCUUGAGUAUGGCGACCGGUCUAAUAGGAUCUUCAAACGAUCACCCCAACGGCCUGGUACAGGUCUAGAUAAAACACCUCCAGUUAAGCUUCCUGCAGGCGGCAGAGGCCCGCCGAAACCUCUUGUCGCCCCAAAAGGGGCCGCAGUUCCUAAAGUCCCCAAACCUCCAAACAAUGUCGCUACGAUAACAAUUGAGCAGGAGGAUGAUGAUGAUGAUGAGGUUGUGUUGGUGGAGGAAGACGAUGAAGAGGAGGAGUUAUUGGUCGAAGGUUGUAAACAUCACUAA